CCGCAUAACUGUUUUCGCUGAAAAGCGUGUUGGAUCGUCUUCGUUGUACUUCACCUCUUCAAAAAGAGUUAUUACUGUUAGCAAGCUGGUGUUAAUUAUUCUUCAUCAGUCUUUUAGUGGACAGUAAUUUAUUGAGAAGAUGGCAGCAGAGCAUACUGCUCGGAAUUUUGCUGCUAUGAGCAGGUCAGUGGAAGUGGACUUGCGCAUUAGUAACCCUGCACAUACACUCCAAAGAAUUCGAGCGAUGGAAUCUCCACCUCAACAUGCUAAAGCAACUGCAGAUGAAAACCCUUCAAAUUCCUUAUUGAUCAAAACCUCUAGUCCAGCAAUUUUGGCAAGUUUGACUGCCGGAGCUAUGGCGGGCGCCCUUGCGAAGACAGUUAUUGCCCCAUUAGACAGAACGAAAAUAAUUUUUCAGGUGACCAAAAUGUCAUUUAACGCCCGAGGAGCACUUCGCUUCCUAAUCAAAAGUUACAAAGAGGAUGGUUUGCUGAGUUUAUGGCGAGGGAAUUCGGCAACUAUGGCCCGCAUCGUUCCCUACGCUGCAAUUCAGUUCACCGCACAUGAACAGUGGAAGCACUUUUUACACACUGACAGACCAGAAGCUCCAACAGGAAUGCGAUUUUUGGCUGGUUCAUUGGCCGGCUUGACGGCCCAAUCCAUAACAUAUCCACUGGAUCUAGCACGAGCCAGAAUGGCUGUAACUCACCGUGACAUGUACGGUUCUAUAAUUCAGGUGUUUGUCAAAAUGUGGCGCACUGAAAGACCUAAAGCCUUCUAUAAAGGAUUCAUUCCAACGAUGUUGGGUGUCAUCCCUUACGCAGGUGUCAGUUUCUGCACCUUCGAAAGUUUGAAGGUUAAACACAAAGAAAUUACCGGAAGAUCAGCACCCAAUCCCCUCGAGAGAUUGCUAUUUGGUGCACUAGCCGGUCUUUUCGGACAAACAGGUUCCUAUCCGUUGGACAUCGUGAGGCGACGGAUGCAAACUUCUGGCCUGAAUGGCUGCAGUUAUCCGUACGACACUAUUCGCGGCACCCUUUGCUACGUCUACAGGACGGAAGGGAUCGUUGGUGGACUGUACAAGGGUUUGUCUAUGAACUGGAUCAAAGGUCCCAUCGCCGUUGGCAUCAGUUUCGCCACGUUCGACAUUUGUCAAAACGCUUUGAAGGAAUUGCCCGUCUUCCGAUCAGCUCCGUAAACCAUGUAAUCAAAGCUUGUUAUGAUUAUCAACGUCCAGCCAUUAUCUCGCCUUGAAAAACCUUCAAUUUGUUGUUGUAAAGCUUGUUGUUUUCCUCCGCUAUUAUUUUUUUUUCAUUCUUAUUUAGGGGGGUGGUAAUCUCUUAAAUGCCAACACAGAGUUUCGAUUCAUUUUUGAUAUAGCGAGGUAAUAUUUUUAUGCAGCAGUCACUUAAAAAAAAAGCCCAAAUUUUCAGCAACGCGAAGACGAAGUCUUAACUUUGGACUCGCAAGAUCUGCUUUAUAGUAUACAUAUCUGUCAAAAGUCCAUGUUGUAGGGAAGUCAAGUUAGAUAGUCGUUAUUAUGACUUCCUCCUCGGUUGCGUAAACAAUUUUGAGGCGCCAAAUAGAGUCUUCAACAAAAAAAAUUAGUCUUGGACGUUGUGAAUAAUACCAACUUAAUUAUUUUUCCCCCUUCAUUCUUUGAAAGAAAAAAUGCAGACAACGACGUAAUAAUGUAUGAUAUUACAUGCGCCUUUACGAGCUGAUUUUUGUUUCGUAGUCACCCGCUUGUAGACCGUCUUCUACAUUUUGUCCUCUUCUCUUAGAUAGAAAAAAUGUCCAGUGGGUCAGCAAAAAUGAUUUCAUAGAAAUCUUCCAUGUCGUAGCCACAUCGUUUCUUGGGUUCAAAGCUUCCGUUUCAACCUCCACUCUUUUCUUUACACAAAAUCCCGGUCGAUUUAAAUCGUAGACUUUAGGUGUCAAAAGUGUCGCGUUGCUUCGUCGUUUCCUACUCGUUUGACAAAAUCUUCCCACAUCUAUCCUUUUCUUUCGAAUAUUGAAGUGGUCGGAGGGUUUUGUGCCUCCGAUUUUUUGAAACAUCCGCUCAACUUAAAAAGAAAUGCAAACAAAUUCGAUAAUACUUUUAUAGUAACGAUAAACAUUUUAAUUCGUCUAUGUCACACAUGUACCCCAUCACUGUAUAGUGUGUAAAUUAGCUGUCCCCUCCAGAACAUUAUUUGAUUUAUUCCUAUUCCCGGUAGUGCUUUUUUUUUUGGUAUGCUACACACGUGCAUUGGUGAUAAAAAUGUUUUCUCUUUUUUUUUUUUUUCGUAUUUAAGUUACAAAACUUGCAGACUUUUUGACAUAUUUUUUAGACGACCGUGAUAUCAUGUAAUUUAAAAACACAAGAGUGAGAGAGUUUGAGAUUUAAAAAGAAAGAAAUACAUGCUGUUGAGAAUCUUUUCAA